AGUGGUGUUGCGGCUGGAGGAGGAGGAGGUGGAGGCGGAGGAGGAUGGGACACUGCUGAUGCUGAUGCGAGAGCUUUCGGUGUCUGUGAUCAACAUCGUUGGACUGACUUUCCAAAUGGUGAAGCUAUUUGAUGCUUUCUAUCGCCAUUCUUGUUUUCGAUCUGGGCUCUGACGAGGGACGCUGAAGGAUGUGUGUUUUUUCGGAGACAUGACUAAAACGGAUUUGAAGAGGAAAGGAUUCGUCUCGUCACUCGUCUGGCCUGGCUUGUUAGUGACACAGGUGGAUUUCCGCUGGAAAACAGCAUCGGAAUGAAGACUUAAUCUCGGACUGUCUCAGGCCGCGAUGAACCCAAGGAGUCACACCUCAGACAUCCUAACGUAGACGCUUAUAUUCGGUUACAUUUAGGGAGGUAGGUGCUGGAGGGUUUGGCGUGUUAGCUAGCUAAUAAGCUAAUUUGGCUAGCUGGUCAGUUAGCAGCAGGAGUGGGAUGCUCGGAGGAGGAGUUAGCUGCUAGCAUAAAAUCAUUUGGAGUGUUUGACAGUCGGUGUUAUAUUUAGCAGACCGCCUUGUAAUGAGAGGUUAAACGUUACAGCCAAAGGCUUGGUAACCAUACCGUUUUCUCUCUGCAUUCUCUCGACCCCUCAACAAAUUAGCUUGUUAUGGAUAAGAUCAGAUAAUCGGCUAAGAAAGCUAAUGUUGACAAACACUCGUGACAUAACGCGAUCAUUUCUGCUUCUAAAAUUGGCUCAGGUGCAGAGAUACCGUUAACGCCAGUUGAAUCCUCAGGUAUUUCGGUUAUUUUUAAGCUUCCAGGCCGAGCUGAAGGAUGUUGACGGCGGAUACAUUGGAGCAGAAACAAUUGGCAACAACGAGGAGUGGACCUGCCAUGACAGAAACCGACAUAGUGAGUGGAAACACGUUUAAAUUAGUACGUAAUUCAGGUGAGCUACACAAUUAAUAUGAACUCCGGCUGAAGGUGACGGUUUUUGUGGAAAAGUGGAAGGCAACCACUGAAGUAUGAACCACAAACACUGAUGAUACAGCAGUAAAGCUUGGGAUAAUUUAUCAGUACCUUCCUAAACUACCCCAGCUAGUCUAUUCUCAAAAUGAUGUAUACAAUUAUAAAACCUGCCAGUGCCAGUAUGUUUUAAACGCCAGAGUUAGAAAAUGCUCGUUGGGAUUCAACACAUUCACUUCAAGACUUCAUCAAGGACAAACAGUGUCAUCUGAAAACAUGGCAUUAAAAUUGAACGACUGCAUCUUGACGACAGCUGUGAGAUAAAACGUCACCGGAUUAUAUCUCUGCAAAGUCAAACAUCCAGUUUAAAUGGAACCUACGGUUGUGUCUGGCCCUUUGGGGCACACACAGUGGGACUCAGAACAGCUAUUUCCUCUUGGAUUUAACACGCUGGAUAAUUCAGACAAUGAAGGUGUGCUCUGCCCAAACAAGGGUGGUCAGACAGGUUUAGAUUUCAGAAAUGGUGACCAGGAUCAAACAUUCAAACAAAAGGAGGAAGAGAAGCCGCUGGAGUUAGACAACCUUAUAAAAAUCUCUGAUUCUGCGUGUGGAGAUGAUCAUUUGGAGGGAGACAAGUCCAUUAUUUCACAAGCAUCUCUUCACAGUACACGUUUAGAGGAGUUUUCCUUUAUAGAAAAAACUAAUGGACCCACUGAAACUUUAAAAUGGCUUUUCUCUCCCACUCCGGUGAAUGUGGUUGGGGAAACCUCCACCAGUGAGGAACGGCGUCUAUCACAGGAAGAUCUGGUCCCUCCAUCAAAGACUUAUGAUACAAACAAGGAGGACCCUUUUUUGUUGGUAGACUUUUUCUCAAAUGAACUCUCCUUUCUCCCCUCGAAGUCUUCAGGUGAGUUGAACCCACAGGGUGUCAGUGAGGAGCUGGUAGACCUGACACAAGAGGAGCAGGCAGAUCCCCCUCCCUCGCAGAGCUGGGAGACUUUGUCACCUGAAACUGGAGACAAAGGUUUAUACCCCGAUCAAGUGACUGAUCUGCUUGUAACCUGUAGCACUACUCCGGAAGAUUUACGUGAGAGCUGCCUCCCGCAUAACAACAUCAGCACACCACUGGAGUCUUUACAGGGAUCUGUGCCUUUGUUGGAUUUUGAGGUGCCAGAUUGUGAAAGCAGUCUGAGUUUGUGCCCUGUCAGUUCUCCCUCUGUAAUCUGCACAGGUGAGCCAUUAUAUUUAUUGACAGAGGAGUUUCAGGUGGAACAUGAAGGAGCUACUGAAAUUAGAGAUCUGACUUCAGAGCAGCCAGGUGAGAAUGACUCAUUUGCUCUGGGUUUGUCAGAUGAAGGUUCAUCACUGACUGUGCCUCAGGCUGAAGAUGCCUUCACACCAGGUGGCUUCACCAGUGAGAGUUUGUCUGUGGAAAAGGAUUCGAAGGAUUUGAUGGGAGAAAAGGUUUGUACUCAGGGGAAUGAGGCGAUGGCUUUGGAUCCGUGUUUGACUGCUGAUGAGGUUCACAAUGAGGAAACCUGGGACUUGAAACCACAGGAGGGGGUACAGGAUGGAAGUGUUCCCACUCUAACACCAGAACCAAAGGAAGAGGAGUGGUUGACGGACACUAACCAGCUGGAGGGGUCAGACUGUCACGAUGUGGCUUCUUUAGGUUUUCCAGAUCAGGACCUGCACACUUCACCUUCAGAGGCAGAAUGGACUAGUGAGCAAACUGUGGAGUCGAUCUCCCUCGCUAAGAUGGUGGGAGAUGACUCACUACCAGUGGUCUCAGCAGUGAACUCGAGGGAGGAAGAUGUCUCCCCGCUUAAAGCUGUGUUUGAUGCUUUGGACCAAGAUGGAGACGGAUUCGUUCGGAUUGAGGAGUUUAUGGAGUUUGCUGCUGCCUAUGGGGCCGAUCAGGUGAAGGAUUUGACCAAGUUUUUGGACCCCAGUGGCCUUGGAGUGAUUAGCUUUGAAGACUUCCAUCGUGGGAUCUCGGCAAUUAGUAAUGGAGGUCCAGAGCCGCAGCUCUACGGUGUAAACUACAGUCCAGGGGAUGGAGCUGUGGGCUGUCCUGAGGAGUACGACGAGCAAAAUGAGGUGACAGACAGUGCGUACCUGGGCUCUGAGAGCACUUACAGCGAGUGUGAGACCUUCACUGAUGAGGACACAGGGGCCCUCGUACCCCCUGAGAUGCACGAGGAUGUGGAGACGGACAGUGGUAUCGAGGCUACUCUUCACGAUCCUGAAGACAGUGGAAAUAGGUUUUCCUUGAACUCCGAGCACCACAACCACUCGCUGGUGACGGUCAUUGGUGGAGAGGAGGAGCACUUUGAGGACUUUGGGGAGAGCAACACAUCAGAGCUGCUGCUGGAGAGCAGCGUGGAGGGGACGGAGGGGGAGGCUGACUCCUCUCUGGAGCAGGCGGGCGAGCAGGUCAAUGGCUCCUCACUGCUUUCUCCGAGCGCUGGAAAGAGGCUGUCCAGCAAGAAAGUAGCAAGACAUCUCCUCCAGAACAGCUCCAUGACUCUGGACACAAUGAGCGACUUGACGCGGGACAUCCUGGAGCUCGCUGACAACGACAUCACAGACAAGGUGCUCCUCCUUGAGCGUCGAGUGGCCGAGCUGGAGAAGGAGUCAGAAGCUUCGGGAGAACAACACACACGGCUGCGUCAGGAGAACCUUCAGCUGGUGCACCGGGCAAAUGCUUUUGAGGAGCAGCUGAAGGAGCAGGAGCUCUACGCUGAUGAGCAGCUGCAGCAAGAGACCCGGCGUCACAAAGAGGCGCUGGUCAAACUGGAGAGAGAGAGAGGGCUGGAGGUGGAAAACCUGCAGGCCAGGUUGCAGCAGCUGGAUGAAGAGAACAGCGAGCUGAGGUCAUGCGUUCCAUGUCUUCGAGCAAACAUCGAGAGACUAGAGGAGGAGAAGAGGAAGCUGCAGGACGAGACAGAAGUCAUGUCCAUCAGGUUGCAGGAGGAGACAGAGUCUCGCAGAAAAAUGGGUGACAAGCUGAGCCACGAGCGCCACCAGAGCCAGAAGGAGAAGGAGAGCACACAAGAGCUCAUUGAGGACUUGCGUAAACAGCUCGAGCACCUACAGCUCUACAAGCUGGAGGCUGAAGCAAAAAGAGGGCGCACACCCGGCGCAGGGCUGCAGGAAUAUCAGACCCGCACUCGUGAGGCUGAGCUGGAGCAGGAGAUCAAACGACUCAAACAGGACAACCGCAGCCUGAAGGAGCAGAACGACGAGCUGAACGGCCAGAUCAUCAACCUGAGCAUUCAGGGAGCAAAGAACUUAAUGUCUGCCUCCUUCUCUGAUUCCCUGGCAGCUGAAAUCAGCUCUGUGUCCCGUGUAGAGUUGAUGGAGGCGGUCCACAAACAGGAGGAGAUCAACUACAGGCUCCAGGACUACAUCGACAAAAUCAUCGUGGCCAUCAUGGAGUCGAAUCCCUCCAUCCUAGAGGUUACGUAAACGGUUUCCAAAAACAGCUUCGGAGACACAAGAGGAUCGAAUCAUUAAUGGAGAUAAUUUUGAGAGACUGUAGGAAGAUGGCUGUGCAGGAUUUUUGGAGACUUCCUGCUCACACAAAAGAAGAAAAAUGCAACACCAACUUUGACGCUAUCUUGAAUUGGAAAUUCAAAGAAAUGUUUCAGCCAUGUUUGAAGAUUAAUUUCCAUUUGCAGACACUAUUUUUUCAGCCAUCAGGAGUUCAUUUGAGCUAAUUUGCUGACUGUUGGCCAGUUUGAUCUUUUUCCACAUGACAUGGAGCGAUGGAGGACCUGGUAGCAAUAAAGCUUGGCAAGAAAGCAGACAUUGGUGGAGGGCAGACGAAACAAACCUGCUCUUUAUUUCUUUUGCCGAAGCUGCAUAUGCGUUUUCAAAAGACUGAUAAUGGACUUGAUGUGGUGCUUAUUGGUACCUCAUAGUCACCUCACUAUACUCCGGACGUUUCUUUGGGACUCUGAAACUGGAAACAAGUGUUGGAUUUACUUGUUGCCAGAAAUCUUUAACAGAGGUGGUUAUUUUUUGUCCAAAACGCAUGGCACCAAUAUGCUGAGACAAAUACCUGUUUUUCACCCUCUUCACAUCGAUCUCACCGCUCUUCUUCACCUGCCACUCCACGGAAAAAAUGGCCUUGGAUGUAAAUGACUUGUACAUGUAAAGUUUUUCUACACUCAUUCUAGAUUCUAGGUAUUUUUAUAGUCAGAGGAAAGCGAACAUUUCUUCUUCUUGUCUUACGCUGAGAGACAGCUGCCUGUAUUCUUCUCUAGCAUGUAGCGUGUACAGUAUCUGUUGGGGUUUCUUUAUUUUUGUUUUGAAUAACAUGCAGAUCUAUUUAUUCAUCAUUUGACAUAAAUGACAACUCACACUCUGUGAUCUAUUCUGCUGAAACUGUACAUUUUAGGAUUCACAAGGGGAGGUUACUUUAGGGUGAAUGGAUUUUUGGGAGAAUUUUUGAACUGAGAGAAAUGUUAUAUUGUGUUUGGAGGGAGUCACCAUCAUGUGCACAAGCUUGGAUGUCACCCGCUCAGUCAGAUUGCUCAUUUGUUGAGGUCGUUGCACUCUUCCGUGAUGCUGACAUUGCUGUGACCUCUUCAGGGUUAGGAUCUUUAGAUUUAUGGCAGAGUCUGCAGAUUCUACUGUUGUCUUCCCAGCUGGGGUCAGGUACUGCAUGGAAAAACACAUUUUUAUUGUAUAUCUUUCAUUCAGACUUCGUUUUGACUGACAACUCGUUUUGCUAUAAUUUCCAUAAGUGGAGUUGUAGGUUUUAGCGACAUGUGACACUUAAAACCUCACGCCCCCGGGCUCGCUGAGUUCAGCGUCUUGCCUCAAAGUGCGACUGGAGGUUUGCCCCAACAGAUUUAAUACUUCAUUCUUUGUAGAGAUGAAUCGUUUUUGCAUUACGAGGAAAUGGGAUGACACUUGAACACAGCAGGCUGUACUACACUUAUUAUUCUCCCUGCUUUGUAUGUGAGUGUGAGCUUUUUGACAGAUGGUUCAGGGACAGGCAAAACAAUAACUGGACAGUGAGACCACAGAGCUGACUAAACAUUCCCGCGAUCGCACUUUACUAAAUAUCUCCUGCUUUCAAAAUGACCAAAGAGAGAUGUUAAAACUGAUCACUUUAUCUAUCAGGGUCCGUUAUCAUACUCCUGGGAUUAUUUUUCCUCUUCUAAUAAAUCAUUAAUCAGCAGACUCUCACCCUUAAAGGAAUCAAAUACAGGCCUGCUAGUCUAAACACUGUGCCUCUGUGUCUCAAACUUUGCCUCUAAACUGACCUGACGAUGAGCCCUGGGAAAAGCACUGACUAUGUGACUGUCAGUUUGUUAAAUUAUAAUGAUGAAACCUAAACUGUAAAUAUGAAAUGUCAUUUCUGUGAUUUGUUUUCUCUUUCACUCACUUCCAGUGUCCAAAGAAAGUCUGCUUAAGGCACAAACAUCACUACUGUAGUAGUGCAUGGCUUGCCGUUAUGUGACAUGGGAAGAUAUAAAAGAGAAUAUUGUAGAAAAGAGUAUCUUAAAUUUAUUCCUAUUUUCGAAAUAAAUGUAUAAAUUAUAA